AUGGGCGAGAUCAGCCAGCCAGCACCCCUCACACUGGAGAACCUCAAGGCCAUCUCCUCGCCAGCGUACAACACCCACUGCCGAGCGCCUGCGUCCUCCGUUGCCUCGGAGGAAGACGCCGCCUCGCUCUUCUCGGACUCUCGCAGCGUUCUGUCCUCCACCUCGAGCGCACCCGAGGAUGAGGACGCACCGUUCACCGUCCGGGACGCCUCGGGCGAGAUCAUCACGGUCUACUCGUCCCUGGAGCAGGCAGUACGGCACAGUCUCCUGCGGGCGGAGCAGGAGCGCCGGGCGGAGGAGGAAGCCAGGCAGUUUGCCUAUGCGCCGCUCCUGACCUCGCCUCGCGCGCUCGAGGAUGUCGCAGCCACCUCCACCUCCCUGGACGCCGCAAUGGUGGGCGCGGGGUACGGCGGGGAGGACAUGGACGAUGACGAGGAUGCGUACUUUUCCAUGGGCUGA